CGUCAGAAGCGGCGAGGCGGAAGUAGAUGUUCAGCGCGGAGCUCCGUGAGCGAGGGUCCACAUCCGGGAGCGAGGGGAGCGGAAGUGGCGUUGGUCUGGCCCGAGGCCCUGGGUGAAUUUGUUAGGCGUGGAGUGGGAACGAUGACUUCCAGACUCGCUGCAGUGCCCGUUACUUCGGGACGCACAUCCUUUAAACAACAGAGGAGCAAGAGGACCGUGGGAGCUAAGAACAGGAACCGAUGCUCCAUAAAGGAUAAUAGCUUCCAGUACACUAUUCCUCCUGAUGACUCCAUAAGUGGUUCAUCAUCUGCCUCUUCAUGUGAACCAGUAAGUGAUUUUCCACCAUCCUUCCGAAAAUCUACCUACUUGCCGAAGAUAAGAAGUAUCAAGCCAGCAACCCCUUCCCAUGUUGAAGGGUCCGGUGGAAUACCAGCCAAAGGAAAAAGGAAACCCAGGUUUGAAGAAGAUGAAGACUAUAGAGAAUUUCCUCAGAAGAAGCAUAAGCUUUAUGGUAGUUUGGAGGAGCAGUGGUACUUAGAAAUCGUGGAUAAGGGCAGUGUCUCCUGUCCUACUUGCCAGUCAGUGGGCAGGAAAACCAUAGAAGGUUUAAAGAAGCACAUGGAAAACUGCAGACAGGAACUAUUUACUUGUCAUCAUUGUGGGAAGCAACUUCGCUCAAUGGCAGGGAUGAAGUAUCAUGUCAUGGCAAACCAUAACAGUUUGCCCAUUUUGAAGGCUGGAGGUGAACUAGAUGAGCCAAGUGAGAGAGAACGACUCCGAACGGUUCUAAAGAGACUUGGGAAGAUCAGGUGCAUGCGUGAGAGUUGUUCUAGCACCUUCACCAGCAUCAUGGGAUAUAUGUAUCAUGUCAGAAAAUGUGGCAAAGAGGCUGCCGAACUGGAGAAGAUGACCCUGAAAUGUCACCAUUGUGGAAAGCCAUAUAAAUCUAAGGCUGGACUUGCGUAUCACCUGAGGUCGGAGCAUGCACCUAUACCCUUGUUCCCUGAGUCAGGACAGUCAGAGUGCUUAAAGGACAUGAGCUUGGAGUCAAAGAGUGGGGGUCGAGUUCAGAGGCGGUCCGCCAAGAUAGCUGUAUACCACCUGCAGGAGCUGGCCACUGCCGAACUGGCCAAAGAAUGGCCCAAGAGAAAGGUACUUCAGGACCUGGUACCUGAUGAUCGGAAGUUAAAAUAUACCCGCCCUGGGCUACCAACCUUCAGCCAAGAAGUACUACACAAAUGGAAGUUAGAGGUUAAGAAGUAUCAUCGCAUACAGUGCCCUAACCAGGGAUGCGAGGCUGUCUACAGUAGUGUUUCUGGCCUCAAAGCUCACCUGGGUUCUUGCACAUUGGGCAGCUUUGUAGCUGGAAAAUACAAGUGUCUUCUCUGUCAGAAGGAAUUUGUGUCAGAGAGUGGUGUCAAGUAUCAUAUCAACUCUGUCCAUGCUGAGGAUUGGUUUGUUGUAAACCCAACAACAACCAAGAGCUUUGAAAAACUGAUGAAGAUAAAGCAGCGCCAGCAAGAAGAAGAAAAGCGGAGGCAACAGCACCGGAGCAGAAGGUCAUUGAGAAGGCGGCAGCUGUCGGGCAAUGAGCGUUCUGAGGCAGAGCUGAGCCUUAGAGUAGGGAAGGAUCAGAAACAAAGUAAUGAGGAACUGGUAGUGUCGACCUCCUGUAAGGAAUCAGAGCAGGAGCCCGUUCCAGCACAUAUCCAGAAAGUGAAGCCCCCAAAGACUACUCAUAAACGUGGGAGGAAGCAUAGGCAGUCAGUGUGAGAGUAUUCCUUCCUAGACUGCAUGUGAUAUUGUCAUGGGGACCGAUGCUGGAAAGACUUGAGUCAUGGGGGCUGAGCAGAGGGAAAUGUACUUCAGCUGUCUGUGACUUUCUCAGCUUCUUCCUCCUGUGUAAAUGUCCCUGUUUUCCCUACUUAUUCACUCCUCCUCCCCCUUUUUGGUAGAUUUUACUGCUAUUCUUAACUGGAGUCCUCUUGUUUUUCUGACUCGUAUCUUGCCCAAAGAGCUCCCUCUUAUGGCCAGCUAUAGGCCUCUCUUGCCCUGUGUAAAACUACGAAACUUGUUUGGUGUCCUUUCCUUCCUGAGUGUAGAAUGUUCUUGGAAGCUCCAUUGAUUUAGUAACCGCUCCAUCAUCUAGCUUAUAAAACAAUUUCAGACUGAGUUUUAUGAUCAUAACUGAUUUAUCAUUUUGUAUUUGUGAUAUAAAAUGCCUAGAAACUAGAAAUGUUGUCAUUUAUGUCAUAGGGUUAACCUGUCUCCUUGGCAAACAAAUUUCAUUGAAGCUG